UACCCAAUCUUAUACAUUUCAUUUUGAAUAGUACAAGUCACAGACAUUAUUCUUUUAUAUAAAUUUAAAAAAAAAACAUUGAACUCAAUUAGCCAUUGUUAUACAUUUUUUGGUCAACUUGAGCGACUUGAAUCAAUGAAGCAUAAAUGGUAGCAAUAAACUACUGCCACCUAUAAAUAACUAGACUUCAUGGAAUAACCAUUGACAUAGUAACUUGUGCUUUCACCUUAUCAUGAGGUACCUCAAGACGUUAAUUCUUUUGCUAUUUGUGGCGUCUCUGACGAUGGCCAAAAAAGAUGAAUCUAGUGAAGAAGAAGAUGAGAAAAAAUACGGUGAGCAUCAUCAUGAAGAAAAGGGUGAAAAGGGAGAAAAGGGUCAUAAGGAAAAAAAGCACUGGGAAGAAGAUGAGAAAAAGCACCACGAAGAAGAUGAUCAUGGUCAUAAAUAUGAAGAAGAAGGUGGCAAGAAAAAGAAAGACUGGGAUGAAAAAGACGAACAUGGUGAACACCACGAACAUGGUGAGCAUAAAAAAGGUGGCAAGCACCAUCACAAAAAAGGGCAUAAAAAGGGCCACAAGGCUUCCGAAUAUCACAAGAAAGCCAACAAGGACGAGUAUUAUAAGGAAAAGAAAUUCUACGAUGACGAAGACAAAGGAGGUCAUCACAAGAAGUUCGGCAAAGGGCACGAGCAUCAUGAGAAAGAAGAAGGCGGUCACAAGAAAGGCGAACAUCACGAAGCGGCUGAAAAGAAAGGUAGCAAAGGACACAAAGGACACUACAGCAAAGGACAUCACGACGAAGAUCAUAAGGGUUACAAAGACGAACAUGGACAUGAUGAGCAUUAUGAUCAUCAUGAAGAUUUCGGCAAGAAAGGCGAAAAGAAAGGUGGCCACAAGAAAGGAUACAAAAAAGGACAUCACUAAACUAAUAGAUAGUACCUACCUAGCUGGUAAAUGUAUGACAUUGUGUAGGCA